AUGGUCAAACCCCUCUCCUUCAAAGGCGACAAGCCCAAAAAACGCAAACACGACUUCUCCACCAGCGAUCCCUCACGCAAAAAGCCCUCCACCAGCACAUCAACUCUCUCCGCAACCACCCCCACCGAACCAGAUACCUCUGCCUCCGCCUCCGCCCUCGAAGAAGCCUCAGCCGAAGACCAAUCGUGGGUAACGGCCGAUACGCCCUCUGAUCUAGCGGGGCCGAUCAUAGGGGGAUACACGGGGGAAAAAGACCCCCCGACAUGUCUCGCGACAGACGCCCACGGGACCGUCUUCGCGAGCGUGGUGGAGAAUCUCAUCGAGGGGGAUCCGGCGACCGCGGAGCCGCAUGAUGUUCGCCAGGUGUGGGUUGCGACUAAGGUGGCCGGCGUGGAGGGGUGGAGUUUUAGGGGGUCGAAUGGGAAAUACCUAUCCAGCGAUAAACACGGCAUCCUCUCCGCGACGGCAUCCGCAAUCUCCAUCCACGAGAUCUUCGGGGUCCGGGAGGCAGAGACCGGCGGGGGCGGACUCUUCACCCUUGUGACCGGAACGGGAUCUACCUCCACCUCCACCUCCACCUCCACCUCCACCCCUGUUGAUCAAAAACAGCCCGAAAAGUCCAGCGCGGAAACCUACCUCUCCGUCAAAGAAGUGCUCUCGAAAACGACCGCAUCCGGAACGAGAAUCGAAGUCCGCGGCGACGAGACGGCCCUCUCGGCGGGAACGAAUAUCCGGAUCCGCAUGCAGGCGCGGUUCAAGCCGCGGAUCAAGGCGAGUAAGGAGAUCAAGGCGCGCGAGAAGAUCGGGCGGAAGGAGUUGGAGGGGAUUGUGGGGCGGAGGUUGGAUGAGGAGGAGAUACGGCGGUUGAGGAAGGCGAGGAAGGAGGGCGAUUUUCAUGAGGUGGUUUUGGAUGUGAGGGUUAGGGGGAAGCAUGAUAAAUUUGCUUAG